AUGUUGCCUAUAAAUGUGGCAAACAUAUUAGCUGCUGAGGAGAAAGAGAGGCUGGAGGAUUUGCGUUUAGCUAAUUUAGAAAGGAGAAAUAUGAGGGAAGAAAGUGAUCCUUUUUCUAUUGAGGAAACUAGAUUCAAAGAACUAUUUAGAAUAAAUAAAGAUAUGGCCCGGUUCUUGUUGAAUGGUAUUUUGGCUGACCUAGAGAGGGGUGACAGAAAUUCAUGGUUGCUCGGGGAUUCAGAGUAUCCUCAGGAGCCUUGGCUUAUGACUCCUAUAGAGAAUGCAUUGCCUGAGUCUCCUGAAGGCAGAUAUACACAGGCCCAUAUACAAACAAGAAACUGCGUGGAGAGAUGCAUUGGUGUCUUAAAGGGUCGGUUUUUGUGUCUUUCUAAAGUUUUAAGAUAUUCUCCUGAAAUGGUGGGGCAGAUUUUUAAUGCUUGUGGGAUUCUCCAUAAUCUCUGUGUAGAAACCAGAUUGGGAAUUGAUUUUGAAGUUCCACAGCCUCAAGAGCCAAUUUAUGCCAUGGUUCCCAAUAAUGUUGCCGCCAACAAUCAAGAAGGGAAUAACGCAAGAAGAAAUCUCAUUAAUCUUUACUUUAGAAAUUAA